GUAAUCGACCAGUCCAAGAUUCUUUGUCUAUCCCUUGGGUGUACAACCAAUUCUCUCAGCCCUUUGCUGACCACCAACACCACCAUACAAGUUUUUAUGCCCCUUUCAAUACGUCAGAUUUACUGAAGCUCUCCUAUGAUAGAUCGUUUCACGCGGUAGAGUAAUUGACCAUUGAGCCAUUUAGCAUCGAUGUCUGACAAAUAACAAUUUUCUUUGCAUAAUAAAAAUUUCUGGCUUUGUAUAGUAACUGAAACGUAGAAUUUUUGGCCAACCAAUAAAAUAUCGCUGUAACAUCUACUGACUUGAUCCUAUGUUUAUAUGAGUCAAGGUCAAUACCUGUAUAUAUUACCAAGCUGCAGAGAAUUCUAGCAAUGACACUACGACAGGAAGAAGAAAUGGGGAUUCUUUCUUUCACAACAUUUUUUGUCUCAACCAUUAUUCUACUUUCCUUCUCCGAGUAUUCCAUAGCUCUUGACACCAUUUCUGAAACCCAGACCAUCACUGAGAACAGCACCUUGGUUUCCAAAUCUGGAAAAUUCGAACUGGGUUUCUUCAGUCCAGGUAGAUCCACAAACAGGUAUGUCGGAAUUUGGUACAAGGAUAUCACAGGUAAAAUUGUUGUUUGGGUGGCCAACCGUCAGAAUCCAAUCAAGGACUCUUCUGGGAUUUUGAUGAUAAACAGCACAGGCCAUGUUGUCCUUCUCGGACAGAAAAAUAGUGUUGUUUGGUCAGCAAGCAGCCCAACCGAAUCUGUCCAGGUUCCUAUAUUACAGCUUUUGGAUACCGGAAAUCUAGUACUAAGAAGUGAGAAAGAUGAUCAGAACUCAGAGAGCUAUUUGUGGCAGAGUUUUGAUUAUCCUUGUGAUACUUUAUUACCAGGUAUGAAGCUGGGAUGGGAUUUGAGAACUGGCCUUGAACGGCGUAUAGUAUCAUGGAAGAGCCCUGAUGACCCUUCCCCGGGAGACUUUGCUUGGGGAAUAACACCUAAUAACUAUCCCGAGUCUGAAGCGUGGAAAGGCUCCAAUAAGUACUUUCGCGAUGGACCAUGGAAUGGCAUCGGAUUCAGUGGUGCACCAGAGUUAAAACCCAACCCUUUAUUCACCUUCAAAUUUGUUUCCAACAAAAAUGAAGUUUACUACAUAUAUUACCUAGAAGAUGAAACUGCAAAGUCAAGGAUGAUUGUGAGCCAAAACAAUGGUUAUAAUAGGAUCCGCUAUGCUUGGAAUUCAAGGACUCAAAGUUGGGGAGUAUUUGCAUCAGUGCCAAGAGAUAACUGUGAUACAUAUGGUCUCUGUGGUGCCUAUGGAAACUGUAUAAUUGGAGAAUCCCCUAUUUGCCAAUGUUUAAAGGGUUUCAAGCCAAAAGGAGACUUCAUUGACUGGUCUCAAGGAUGUGUACGGAAUAAACCUUUUGACUGCCAGGACAAACAUUCAUCUGGCUUUGUCAAAAUUCAUGGCUUGAAAUUGCCUGAUGCUACACAUACUUGGGUAAAUGCAAGUUUGAAUCUCAAGGAAUGCAAAGCCAAAUGCUUGAGCAAUUGUUCUUGUACUGCUUAUACACAUUCUGAUAUCAGUGGAAAAGGAAGUGGGUGUGUCAUGUGGUUUGGGGAGUUGAUUGAUGUUAGGGAGUUUCAAGUUGGUGGGCAAGAUCUUUAUGUUCGACUACACGCUUCAGAGUUAGGUGGAGAUGGUGGGCACGCGGUGAUAAUAGGCGUGGUAAUUGUGGCUGUCUUUGUUGUGGUCUGUGGGAUGGUCUUGCUUGCUCGUUAUAUCCGCCAAAUCAGGACUAGGAAAAACCUAAAAGACAAUGCAGCAACCAGUGCGAUAAUAAAGAAUGUGAACAAUGAAAGCCAAGCAGAAAACAUGGAUGUGAUACUUUUCGACCUAGAUAAGAUUAUUAACGCGACGAGCAACUUCUCAAGCAACAAUAAACUUGGGGAAGGCGGCUUCGGACCAGUUUAUAAGGGUACACUUGAAGAUGGGCAAGAAAUAGCUGUGAAAAGGCUUUCAAGAAAUUCAUUACAAGGAGUGAACGAAUUCAAAAAUGAAGUUGCUCUAAUUGCCAAACUUCAGCACCGAAAUCUAGUCAAGCUUCUUGGUUGUUGCAUACAAGGGGAAGAAAAAAUGCUGGUUUAUGAAUACAUGCCCAAUAAUAGCCUGGACCACUUCAUUUUCGAUAAAAAAAAAAGUGAACUUUUGAACUGGUCCAAGCGCUUCCACAUAAUCAACGGAAUUGCAAGAGGACUUCUAUAUCUCCAUCAAGAUUCAAGAUUAAGGAUUAUACAUAGAGAUCUCAAAACCAGCAACAUUUUACUUGACACUGAAAUGAAUCCAAAAAUUUCAGAUUUUGGUAUGGCUAGAACUUUUGGUGGAGAUCAAAGUGAGGGGAAUACAAACAGAGUGGUUGGAACAUGCGGUUACAUGGCACCCGAGUAUGCUGUAGAUGGGCAGUUCUCAGCGAAAUCUGAUGUCUUUAGCUUUGGUAUUUUGUUGUUGGAGAUCAUAAGUGGAAAAAGAAAUAGAGGGUUCUAUCAUCUAAACCACACUCUUAACCUUAUUGGACAUGCAUGGAGAUUGUUUAAAGAAGGAAGAUCCUUGGAACUUGUCGAUCCAUGCCUCAAGGACUCGAUCGAUCUUUCUGAGGUGCUGCGCAGCAUCCAUAUCAGUCUCUUGUGUGUGCAAGAGCACCCUGAAGACAGGCCAAGCAUGUCUUAUGUGGUUUUGAUGUUAGGUGCUGAAAGUACCCUGCCUCAGCCAAAACAACCUGCUUUCUCAUUCAGUAAAAACACUGUUGCAGCAGAUUCUUCAUCGAGCAAGCAAAAAUCCUCUACCACCAAUGAAAUUACUGUAACUCUUUUAGAGCCACGAUAGAAAUUUGAGUUCUACUUUUGUCACUUUAAACAUUUCAAUGUGUGAGAUCCAAACUCGUCCUUUGAUAUUAAUGUCAAAGGAAAUUUAGAAGAAAUAUGUCAACAGAAACUAAUUAGUUAGGAGUUAAAGACGCAGUUUCUAGCAUUCUGUUUGUGGAUAAUGGAAGACUAAGAUUUCUAAAUGUUAAUAAAGUUGUCAGCUGGACUAGAAAUAUGUGUAGACAAGUCUCCAUGGGAGAAAAGUGUAAAAUUGUCAUUGGAAUAAACGCGUGGCAUAGGUACCCAAGCCACGUGUCGGAUUAAAUGGUCCAGUCAUUAAGACAACACAUGUAUCAUAUCCACGUCAUAAAUAGUCACAUGUCCAUGUA